UGCCUGAAUCUUGACAUUCCUUCAACACUGUAAACAAACACUGCGGGAUUCGAAGAUUUCUAAGAACAUCCAAGGACACUAACUCAGAUUUAUUAUACGACCAUGGCCCCUACAAUUAAAGCAGGCCUAGAGGUGAAGGAACGGAACAAUGUUAUUCUGUUUGACGAGUCCAAAGGAGAACUCUUCAGACUCAGUGAUGGUUACAAGACUCUUCUUCGCAAACUCAAGACACAGUGGAAGGUCAUCAGCAACCGUGAUGAACUGAACAAAGAAAGCGUUGGACAAGCUGGUGUGAUUGUGUUGGCGUGUCCUCGACAGAGGUUCACAGAAGGACAAUUUGCUAUACUACGACGGCAUGUGGAUGAAGGAGGCAGCCUUUUUGUAUUGGCUGAGGAGGGUGGAGAGAAAAAGGCCAAUUCUAACAUAAACUUCCUUUUGGAGGAGUAUGGAAUAGCUGUAAAUAAUGACUCAGUAGUGCGUACUUGCUACUACAAAUAUUUCCAUCCCAAGGAGUGCCUCAUUACAAAUGGCAUAUUAAACAGGGCCAUCCUAGAAGCCUCCGGAAGGAAUCUUCCUGGCUUGCUCUUGGAUGAUGCACUCACAAAUAGGUCCAUGUCAUUUGUGUAUCCAUUUGGAUGUACCUUGAAUGUUGCUCGACCAGCCGUUGCUGUACUUUCUACUGGGAGCAUCUCAUUUCCUCUUAACAGACCUGUGUGUGCCUUCUACGAACAACCCUCCAGCCAUGGACGUGUGGCAGUGUUAGGCUCUGCCCACAUGUUCAAUGAUCAGUACAUAGAUCGUGAAGAGAACAGCAAGAUAAAGGAUGUUAUUUUCCAGUUCCUCACAGCUGCUGAUUUCAAGCUUAAUCAGAUCGAUGCAGAUGAUCCUGAGAUAUCUGAUUACAACAUGACACCUGACACAGCUUCCUUGGCUGAUGGUUUAAGGACAUGUCUUCAGGAGUCUGAGGAAGUACCAACAGACUACACACAACUCUUUCAUACGAAGUUGACAUCAAUAGACAUGCAACUUGUGCCUGCUGCUAUUGAGGCUUAUAGCAAGCUAAAUGUGAAACAUGAGCCACUUCGCCUGAUAACUCCACAAUUUGAGACGCCUUUGCCACCGCUACAGCCUGCAGUGUUUCCUCCUUCAUUUCGAGAAUUGCCACACCCAUCUCUAGAGUUGUAUGACUUAGACGAGGCAUUCAGUUCUGAGAAGUCUAGACUGGCGCAGGUUACCAACAAAUGUAAAGAUGAGGACUUGGAGUAUUAUGUGAGGGAGUGUGGAGAUAUCCUGGGAGUUACCUCAAAGCUGCCACCGACAUCCAGGGAGGCUAAGUACAUUCUUGAAUACAUCUUUACUCAGAUCGUAGAAUUCAAGAAGCUGAAUCAGGAUCCAGAAGCAUUUAUGAACAUGGAUUGAGGACCUAUGAUGAAGCAUUGUACCUCAGCCUUGAUUGCCAUAGUGACAUGUGAUAUGUAUGAGUAGUCACAUUAGAUCUUUUGAAGUGAAUCUCCAUUUGAUUCCAUUAGUUUUCUCACACCACAAGUCUUAUUAACUGAAUACUUCUUUUAUUGUGUACACCUUGUGUGAACAGAACUUUUAUCCCACAAAAUAGUGCUUAUAUAGUUUAAUAUUGC